UCUGGGCAGAAGCUGCUGUGGAAGAGUCAUUGUGUCUGGGGAAAGGGAGGAAUAUAUACCACCGAAGAGCCUUCACCACAGCACCGGGGGGGAAAAAAAGUCCCAGAAUGCCACAGAACAUAGUCCUGCAGGGACCGGGGCCUUGGGGAUUUCGGCUCGUCGGGGGCAAGGACUUCAACCAGCCUCUCACGAUCUCCAGGAUCACGCCGGGCAGCAAGGCGUCGCUGGUGAACCUCUGUCCCGGCGACAUCAUCCUGGCGAUCGACGGGGAGGCGGCCGAGGGAAUGACGCACGGCGAGGCGCAGAACAAGAUCAAGGACUCCAGCAGCCAGCUCACCCUCAAGAUCGAGAGACCGGAAACCAAACUGUGGUCGCCCCAGGUUGCAGAAGAAGGCAAACCCAGCAACCCCUUCAAAAUCAAUCUGGAGGCAGAGCAGCAAGAGGUUAAGCCAAUCGGCACGGGGCAUAACAGGAAAGCCCAGCCGUUUGUUGCCGCCGCCAACCUCGACGACCACAGGCAGGUGGUGAGCGCGACCUACAACACCCCCAUAGGCCUCUACUCCGCAGGCAACAUCCAGGACGCCAUGGAGGGGCAGAUCCGGGGCCUUGUCCACGACAAGCCCGAGGGCACCUGCAAGCCUCAGGGCCCGGUGGUGAAAGCUCCCCAGGCGCCAGGCACCAUUUCCCCCCCCGACUCACAGCCGGCCCCUCCUAGCACCUGCCCCGGGGAGGCCUGGGUCCCCAGUGCUCAGUAUAACUCGCCCGUAAGGCUGUACUCGGAGGGCAAUGUCGCGAACGCACAGCAGCAGGCUCAGAUGUCCGCUGUUAACCAAGAGCUCCCACACAGCGGCGGCGACACGGGCACCCUGGCCUCCAUCGAGGAGUCCCACGUGUACAAGAUGCUCCAGGACAACCCGGAGGCCCCACACGAACCCAGACAGUCCGGCUCCUUCAAGGCCCUGCAGGAGUAUGUGGAGAGUGACGGAACUCGGCCCAUAGUCACCCGAAGCGUGAAAGCCCCAGUGACUAAAACUCCAGCGGCCGGCACCACUCUGCAGAAACUGCCCCUGUGCGACAAGUGUGGGAAAGGCAUUGUGGGGACGGUGGUGAAGGCGCGGGACAAGUUCCGCCACCCCGGCUGUUUCGUCUGCUCCGACUGCGACAUGAACCUCAAGCAGAAGGGCUACUUUUUCGUGGAGGGACAGCUGUACUGCGAAAACCACGCCCGCGCCAGGACAAGACCCCCCGAGGGACACGACAUGGUCACCGUCUACCCCACCGCCUAAAACGACACGCACGGGGAAGGGGGGCUUACCGUGCACCCCUCAAACUGACAGGCCAGACGACCCCUUUCAUCCUGUCAGAAAUAUAUCUUUCACAUAAAACUGUGAGUUUGAGCAUUAAAAAAAAACACAGGUGCGUGUAUGAUGGGUUGCAGGUUGCUUUCUCUUUUUGUGCUAAAGGAAAGUUGUGCGUACGCGAUUUCAUGCCAGUACUUUUAAAGUAGGGGGGAGGUUACGGUCACAGUGAGGGGAGCGACACUGCUCGCAAGUAUGACUUGUGAUACGGCAGUAUGCAUCGCAAAGUUACACCAGGAUAAUUUUACUAAGACGGUAAUUAGCUUUUUCAGAAAGCAUUACAGACUCAGAGGCAUUUUUACUAAGUAACCUCAUGGGUAAACGAGAAAGGAGGUUAAAUACAUUUUGAGUGGCAUUAUGCUGUAAACCAUCGUGAUUUUCUGCAGCUAAAACGUUCUGUUAUCAUCAACAGAAUAUUGAGGGAAAUUACUGCUUAAUAUUAUUGUAUUAUAUGCUGGGUUUAUCACAGGGCUGAACUUGAAUAUCUUCAUCAAGCAACACGCAGUAAAAUAUUUGAUUGCUAGCCGAGGUGUUUUGGCUCAGUGGCAAAUAUUUUAUAAUGGAUGGCUAUUUUUUUUUGUAGACAGCACGACAUUGUCCAUUUAGGAUGAAAUUUAAAAUAAGAUUUUUUUUAACUAAAAAAAAACUUUCUGUAGAGUGUAAUUUUCCCUUUGUGAUUUAUAUAUCUUGGAUUAUGCAAACUUGUUAUUCACUUCCUUCAAAAGCACAAAAAAGUUGACUAUAGCAAUUGCAGAGCUAUUUUUAAUAAUACCAAAUAAAACAAGAGUUACAGCUGGCAGACUGGUCUUAUUGUUUAACAUUAUUUAUUAUUUUAACAGUGCUGUCUUUAAAUAUUAUUUUAAUCCUUAAACUGUCUACAAGGUCAAACUGCAAUGAUGUAAUAUCUGCUGUUUCUGUAAUAAAGCUUGCUUUUUGCCAAAAAA